GUCUGCCACCGCUUUGCGCUGUUUUAAUCUCUUGGGGUCUCCUUGAAGUGUUCCAGUCAUGGCUUCCAAUGUCAUAUCUUGGCAAAAGAAGAAGCAUGCGAGCCAUGUCAAAACUGAUUAUGCUUACCAUCACACUAAAAGUGCUGUGAAGCAUCAUGUUGAAAGGAAAUCAAGUUCUAAAUCGGUGAGCAAGGAGCACGCCCACGCCACAACGGCUAUGGCAGAACCGGCCUAUACCAUACCGGCUUUCCGGCAGAGGAGUGCUGAUGAGACUGAGGAGUACCAGAGAGUAUCCACGAAUGUUGGGAAAGGACUGGCUGUUAUUCAGGAGGAGCUCUCAAGGAUACGGAUUGCCACCAAGGCCCAUGUGGACAGUAUUGCGAUGGACAGAGAGGUGAAGAACAUGAUGUACAAGAAGGUGAUUUCUUUGGACGAAGUCCACAAGAUGCCGGAUUUCGUGGUGGCCCUGCGGCCCCACACCGUGUGGGAGAAGACCCCCGUCAAACUGUUCUGCACCGUGCAGGGAAACCCCAGGCCCAUUGUUAAAUGGUAUAAAGGAGGAGCACCAGUCGACCCACUGAGCGCUCCAGGAAAGUACAGGAUUGAAAACAAGUAUGGAGUCCACAGUUUGAUCAUUAGCAGAUGUGUUGUGAGUGAUACCGCUGAGUACAGUGCUGUGGCCACCAACCCUCAUGGCACCGCUACCAGCAAGGCUACCGUCACUGUGAAGAGGCCGUCAGGAGCUGGGGCGUCCUGCCAGCUUGAUAUAGUUCCUCAUCUGACUGAGAUCCAUCCCAGUAAGCUGGAGGUCAGCCUGCUGGAUCGCUUCUCAGUGAGCUUUGGUGUGGAGGGCAGCUCCAUCAGCCUUGUCUGCACCAUGGUCGUCGUCCCCGACCUCCCCAACGUACCACCGCACGCCGAGUGGUACAGAGACGAUAAACUGCUGAAGCCGGGUAAGCUGGCGGAGAUGUCCGUGGGUGGAGGCGUGGCCCGACUGAAGCUGCCCCACCUGGCCAAGGACGACGAAGGCCUCUACACACUCCGCAUCUUUACCAAGGACGGCACUGCCGAGCACAGCGCCUACCUGUUUGUGGCUGACGCUGCUCCCGCUGCAGCCGGCGCCCCUGGUGCACCAAUGAGUGUCAAGGCAUAUGACGUCAACGCGGACUACAUCCUGGUUGCCUGGAAACCCCCCAACUCCGUCAAUGAGGCGGCAAUCACUGGAUACUUUGUGGAUCGGUGUGAAGCCGGAAGCGACCACUGGGUCCAGGACAACGACGCCCCAGUGAAAGUGUGUAAAUACCCGGUGCACGGCCUGAAAGUGGGCCACUCUUACCACUUCCGGGUCAGAACCGUGAACAGCGUCGGCUGCAGCAGGCCGUCCCGCAAGUCCGACAAAGUGACCGCCCUCGACCCUGCCGAGAGCGAGAGACUGCAAGUGAUUAAGAUCGAAGGGAAGUACGACGUAGUGAUCAAGGACGAUGACCUGGAAGGCUACGUAACGAUCCCCGGGGAGCCAACAGAUGUUCACGCAUCUGAGAUUUUCAAAUCGUACGUAGUGCUGAGCUGGAAGCCUCCCAGCCCUCGCGGACGAGCCCCGCUGUGGUACGUCAUCGAGAAGUGCUUAGCAGGCACUGGAGCGUGGCAGCGGAUCAACACGGCAGUCAAACUGCAUUCCCCUCGUUACCCGGUCUUUGAUUUGCAAGACGGGCAAAAGUACCAGUUCCGAGUGUAUUCGGUCAACGAGUACGGCUCCAGCGAGGCCUCUGAGCCCUCGGAGCCCAUCCAAAAGGUUGAUGAGUCUGGUAAGGUUUCUCUCUCUCCCCCGUGACCAGGCGCCCCCUCCGCUCCCGGCCAGGUCGUCGCCACCAGGAACACUAAGUCCUCCGUGUUCGUGCAGUGGGACCCUCCCAAACACCCCAACAACCUGGUGGGCUACUACAUCGACGGCCGUGUGGUCGGAUCCAAGGACUGGUUCCCCUGCAACAAUAAACCCUUCAAACACAACAGGUUUGUGGUCCACGGUCUGACGAUGGGGGAGACGUACGCCUUCCGUGUCCAAGCCGUCAACGUGUUCGGCCUCAGCGACGAGUCUCAGGAGUCCACUCCCAUCACCGCCGAGCCGGCCCUCGCGACUCCGAGCCCCCCUCACGGCAUCACCAUGCUGAGCUGCGACGGCUCCUCCAUGACUCUGGCCUGGAAGAGUCCCAAACACUGCGGCGGCUCCAAGAUCAAGGCGUACUACGUGGACCGGCGUAACGCUGACAACCUGAUCUGGAAGGAAGUCAACCAGACCGGCUUCCAUGAGAGAACCUGCACCGUUGAACAUCUGACGGAGGGAUCCUUCUACGAGUUCAAGGUCCAGGCCGCUAACAUCGCCGGUGUGGGCGUGGCCUCUGUUCCCAGCGCUGCUAUGAAGUGUGAAGCUUGGACCAUGGAAGAGCCCGGUCCAGCUUAUGACCUGAGCUUCAGUGAGGUCAGAGGUCACUCCCUGGUCCUCCUGUGGAAAGCUCCCGUCUACACCGGAGGGAGCGCGGUCACCGGAUAUUUGGUGGAAAUGGCCAAAAAGGGCUCAAAGGAGUUUGUGUCCCUGACUGAAGAAGCUGUGAACCAUCGUUACCUUCAUGUGAAACAUCUGGAGGAAGGUCAGUCCUACGUCUUCAAAGUUCGUGCAGUGAAUGGAAACGGUGUUGGAAAAGCUUCUCAGGUGUCCGAGCCGGUCUGUGCCAAAGCUCUGCCAGGCACCCAGGAGAUUGUGGCCGGUGUGGACGAGGAGACCGGAGACAUCUACCUGUCUCUGGAGGCCUGCGAGAUCUGCGAGAGCUCCAAGUUCGUUUGGUCCAAGAACUACAAACCCAUCGGCGAGUGUCCCAGGGUCUCAGUCACAGGAGAGGGCAAACACUCCAGACUGACUUUCACCCACCCUGAUAAAGAUGAUUUGGGAAAAUACUCUGUGGUCGUCACCGACACCGACGGAGUCUCUGGCAGCCACACGCUGACUGAGGACGCUCUGAACACCAUGCUGGAGCUCAGCCACGCCAUCAGACAUCCAGUUAUUCCUCUGAAACACGGCCUCAACUACGAGGUUCUGGAGAAGGGUCACGUGCGUUUCUGGCUGCAGGCCUACAAACUGUCCCCGUCCGUUUCCUACAGGUUCAUCGUUAACGACAAGGAGGUCACCAGCGGAGAGGGCCAUAAGAUCAGCCAUGACGCGGCCACAGGAAUCAUCGAGAUGACGGUGGAUCACUUCACCAGAGCCAACGAGGGAACGUACACCGUCCAGAUCCACGACGGCAAGGCCAAGGCCCAAACCUCCCUGGUGCUGGUGGGAGACGUGUUCAAGGCUGCUCUGAAGGAAGCCGAGUUUCAGAGGAAAGAGCACAUCAGGAAGCAAGGUCCACAUUUCUCUGAGUAUGUGUAUUACACCGUCACUGAGGAUUGCACCCUUGUGCUCGAGUGCAAGGUGGCGAACGUGAAGAAGGAGACAAGUUUCCACUGGUACAAAGAAGAGGACGAGCUCGUUCCAGAGACUCCUCCCAACGUGAUGUCUGGAGUCUGCUCUAUCCCCAUCCCCCUGUUCUCCAGAAAAGAUCACGGCAUCUUCAAGGCCGUGCUCAGUGACGACCGAGGAAAGGACACAUCUGUGCUGGACGUUUCAGGCCAAGUGUUUGAUGACAUCAUCAACGCUCUCGCCAAAGUGGCCGGUGCGUCCGCCUCUGAGCUGGUGCUGCAGUGUACUCCGGAGGGCAUCAGGCUGCAGUGCUACAUGAGCUACUACACAGAGGAGAUGAAGACCGUCUGGAAACACAAGGAGAGUAAGAUCGCCUCCUCUGAGAAGAUGAGGAUCGGUGGCACAGCGGAGAUGGCCUGGAUGCAGAUCUGCGACCCGUCCGACAAGGAGAAGGGUCACUACACCAUCGAGAUCUCAGACGGAGAGAAGACACACACCAGGACCUUUGACCUCUCUGGACAAGCAUACACCGACGCCUAUGAAGAAUACCUGAGACUUAAGGCAGCUGCAUUUGCUGAGAAGAACCGCGGCAGAGUGGUCGGUGGUCUGCCUGAUGUCGUCACUAUUAUGGAGGAGAAGUCCCUGAGCCUGACCUGCACCGUGUGGGGCGAGCCGACUCCCGAGGUCACCUGGUUCAAGAACGAGCAGGAAGUCGCCUCCACCGAGCCACACAAGAUCACGUUUGAAGGCGGUAAGUUCGCCAGCCUCGUCAUCAACAAAGUCACUCCCGAUGACUCCGGCAAGUACAGCAUCAACGUGAGGAACAAGUACGGCGGCGAGUUCGUCGAGAUCACCGUCAGCGUCUACAAGCACGGCGAGAAGAUCCCCGAACCCAAACUGGGACAUCCCAAAACGCCAUCAGUCACGCCUGCGCCGCCAAAAUCCCCCGCUCCCGGCCACAAGGCGCUGUCCCCAACCCCUCCUAAGUCCCACACCCCAGCAUCCAUGAAGAGCCCAACUCCAGCUUCCACCCCUGUCCCCAAAUCCCCAACUCCGACCCCCAAGUCUCACACCCCGGUUCCCAAGUCUCCAACCCCAACUCCCAAGUCUCAUACCCCGACCCCCAAGUCUCCAACCCCGACUCCAUCUCGUGGCGUCAAGUCACCCACCCCGCCCAGAUUCAUGAAGUCUCCCACCCCACCCAGGAAGUAGACGGUGGUGGUGGUGACGUCUGAGGAGGGAGGGGGAAACGUCUGCUGAGAACAACGCUGAUUUAAAGCAUGAGUGUGGAACCACGUUGUUACUUUAAGGUUUAGUUUUUUAACGUAAUCACUGUUAAAAGUCCCAAUUUUCUGAACUGCUGCGUAUUCUGGACUACAACUCCCU